AAUUUCUGUGGCCAAUUUGCAUAAAAAUUCAUUCAAACUAUCUAGUCCUUAAAAGCUGAGGAUACACAUAAUAUAUCCAAUUAUUAUGUCUUUAUCAAAUGGUUCUACUACAAAACAUGAAGAAUAUCAAUAUUUGAACUUGGUAAAACAAAUUAUCGAAACAGGUAGCAAAAGAGGUGAUAGAACAGGUGUUGGAACCUUAUCUAUAUUCGGGGCUAUGCAGAGAUACUCUUUAAGGGAUAACAUUUUACCAUUAUUGACCACAAAGAGAGUUUUUACUAGAGGCGUAAUAGAAGAGCUACUUUGGAUAAUAUCUGGUUCUACAGAUAGCAAAGCCCUUGCUGGUAAAAAUGUACAUAUUUGGGAUGCUAAUGGAUCUAGAGCGUUUUUAGACAACCUAGGUUUUACUGAAAGAUCAGAAGGGGAUCUUGGUCCAGUUUAUGGUUUUCAAUGGAGACACUGUGGUGCAGAAUAUAAAGAUGAAAAAACUAAUUACGCGGGACAAGGAAUUGAUCAAUUACAGAAUGUUAUAAAUACUAUAAAAAAUAACCCAGAUGACCGAAGGAUACUUAUGUGUGCAUGGAAUCCACCAGAUUUACCAAAAAUGGCUUUGCCACCGUGCCACUGUCUCGUGCAGUUCUAUGUAUCUAAUGGGGAGCUCUCCUGUCUUAUGUAUCAAAGAAGUGCAGAUAUGGGUUUAGGUGUACCAUUUAAUAUAGCAAGUUACUCUCUGCUGACACAUAUGAUUGCACAUAUAACUAAUUUAAAGCCUGGUGAGUUUAUCCACACGACAGGUGACACUCAUGUUUAUUUGAACCAUGUAGAACCACUGAAACAACAGAUGGAAAGGGAACCUCGGCCUUUCCCAACAUUGAAGUUUGAACGUGAAAUAAAAUCAAUUGAUGACUUUAAAUUUGAGGAUUUCAUAAUUGAAAAUUAUAAACCUCAUCCAAAAAUCGAUAUGGAAAUGGCUGUAUAAGGCUUCAAGUACUGAUAAGGUUUAUCUACACAACAUUUGGCUGAAAACUGUAAAAGUGGUAUACUUAGGUUGGGUUGCACCAGAGGCGUGGUUAAAGUUAUGGUUAUAGUU